AUGUCAACUAAUCAAUCCUCUUCAAAAAGUGUAUCUUUGUUGAAUUCUUCUGAACGCCCAUCACCUACUAGAAAUAAUGGAAAAACCAAGAAAUAUAUUUUGCAAUUCCUCAUAAUCUGCGUAGUGGCUGCCCCAAUCGCAUACUUACUGACGUCGUUAUUUGUCUCCUCAAUCGAGACCCUUAAUAAUGAACAGAAUCAAAAACGAGUGGUUGGAUAUUAUACAGUUUGGGAAGAGAAGAAACUCACUAUGGAUCAAUUGAAAAAGUUAACUCAUAUCAUAUUCAUGUUCGCUGACGUUCAAGAAGACGGAAGUGUAAAUAUUCAUGAUAGUCACGCGGUCAAGAGAAUUUGGGACAUGAAAGAAAUAAUCAGCAUGGCGAGAAAACAAGGAAUGAAAGUGAUGAUAGCUGUUGGAGGACAUUUAACAUCCAUCAGGUUUCCUCCGACAUUAGAGGAUCCUGUCAAGAAAAAAAAUCUAAUGGAAUCCAUUGCCAACUUGUUCGAGGAAUAUGAUAUCGAUGGAAUUGAAAUCUUCUGGAUGUGGCCAACUGAAGAAGACAAAGUGAAACAUUUGAAGCUAGUUCGUGAAGUACGACAACAGUUAACAUCUAUGAAGGAAUCCAAAGGAAAAACUAAAGAUUACGUGUUGAGUGUGAUAACUUCUAGAUAUUCUCACUUCCGAGAAAACAUUUACUAUAACGAAAUAAUGAAACACGUGGAUUUUGUGAACGUUCUCACCCAUGACUGGAGAUUCAUGCGAGAAUAUGUCGGCCCUCUUGCUCCGUUAUAUGGUGGAAGGAAGGAUAGUAUUGAUGAUGCGAUGAAGUACUUGACUUGUUUUACGAAACAACCAAGCAAAUUGAAUCUGGGAAUUCCACUUUUUGGAAUUUUCUGGACAAAUACAACUUUCCCAAUUGAUGAUACUAAGCAACGACUGUGUGUACCCAAGACUGGAGAGAAGAUCGCAUAUGAAGUUCGGUGGAGAGAUAGAUCAUCGAAUCGAUGGAAGAAUGUUCAAACUUCCUGGCACAAUAUCUCAAGAACUCCGUAUAUCUGGAAAUCUGAUGAAAAGAUGUUUUCAAGUUUCGAAAAUGAGAGAAGUCUAAAAGAAAAAGUGGAUUAUGCAAGAAUUAACAAUAUUGGUGGAGUGGUUAUCUAUGCGAUUGAUCAAGAUGAGGAUAAUAAACUGAUGAGUGCAAUCACAUCUGUUCGGUUGGAAUCUGGAGAUGAUGUGAAUGAUAUAAAGUAUCAUUGCGAAUAA